AUGGGGAACGUAUCGCCCACGCCCCACCAGCUCUUGGUGGAAGCCACGGUCUUUUGGAGUAUUGGGUUGGUGCUCUACGUUGGCCGAAUGGCCUCCCGGUUGAUGGCAAAUAUGUCAAUCCAGGGAUUAUCAUGGGACGAUUAUGUGAUGACGGCAACAUUCAUGGUAUAUACGUCCUUGCUGGUAUUGAUUCAAAUCUCGGCAAAAUACGCGACCAAUUUGAUGGAUCCGAGCGAGUACGAUGAGGUGCUUUCCAACCCUCAACAAGUUCACGACCGUAUCUUCGGAAGCAAAAUCGUCAUUGCGCUGGAACAGUGCAUGCUCUUUGUAACAUGGGGUGUUAAGGUCUGUAUGCUGAUACUCUACUGGCGGAUCACGAAGAACUUGCCCUCGAAUCUCUAUGUCAAAAUACUCGCCGUCUACGUGGCCCUUGGUUUCCUCGUUAUUAUGGUCACCUACUACUCUGUGUACUGCCGACCUUUCUCGCAAUAUUGGGCAUUGCCAGUAUCAAAUCUACAGUGCGCCACGUACCAACACUAUUCAAUCACACAAGCGGUUUUCAAUAUCUCAUCAGACACGUUUAUGUUUGCCAUUCCGAUACCGCUCAUCAUCAAGGCGAGACUCCCACAGCGCCGGAAGAUGCUACUACUCUGCGUGAUGAGCUUGGGUCUUUUUACGAUCAUUGCCGCCAUCCUGAAUAAAUACUUCAACUUUGCCUCCCCCCUGACCACCGUGUACCAGAUCUGGUAUAUACGAGAGGCCAGCACUGCCGUCUUCGUCGCGAACAUGAUGUGCUGGUGGCCGCUCCUCCGGAAGCUGUUCGGUUUGCAAACCUUCCAGUACAACAGCACGCCUGGGCGGCCAUCCCGGGGCACCGACAACAAGGGAAGCCAUCCAUACUCCAAGACCGGUGGCUCGCAGCCCCGUGCCUUCUUUUCGCUAACCCGCCCAUUUCAUCUCUCUCGACCCGGUUUCCGCAGCUCGGCAAAUAGUACAUCACUCACUAGAAACAGCACUGCCGGGCAUUCUAGCCAAGAGGCGAUAAAUCAGUCUACGGGUGGAGUCAUUGAGGAUCCGGAUCGCGUGGACACUAUUCCGCUCCAGGUUUGGGGUAAGGGUAUUGAACGAGGCACCGAUGUUGAGAACCUCGCAAUUCAGGAAUCGACCGCAAAGUUUGAACAACGAGAUCACGGGUCGGAGGUGCCUCUUGGGGAUCGGAUCUACUGUACUCGCGAGUUUGACAUCCGCUCUGACUCCAGGAGUGGACACACACCUACAUAACGUGGGUAUUAAAUUAGAUCUAAUGAUGCAGUUAUAGAUCCAUGGAUCAGAAAGAAAGAAGUGUAUUUAUAGAUCUACUAAAGAAAUGGCGGACGGAGAGAAGAAAGGAACCGAUAGAGAGGAGAGAAGCGAGCAAUUAAACUAGAUCCUGUCACCUAGAU